AUGUCCAAUUCGCUUACAUUAGAGCUCCCCUGGGUCGAGAAAUACCGCCCACACAAGCUUGACGACAUAGUGGGAAACGAAGAGACCGUCGAGAGGCUCAAACUUAUCGCCAAUGAUGGGAACAUGCCGCACAUGAUCAUUUCGGGACUCCCAGGUAUCGGGAAGACUACCUCCAUCCACUGUCUCGCUGUGGAGUUACUUGGAGAGCAAUUGUAUCACCUGGCCACUUUAGAAUUGAAUGCAUCAGAUGACAGAGGUAUAGAUGUAGUGAGAAACAAGAUUAAGCAGUUUGCCCAGACCAAGAUAAGCUUGCCUGCUGGAAGACACAAGAUCAUCAUCUUGGAUGAAGCAGACUCCAUGACACCCGGAGCCCAACAGGCGUUGAGGCGCACCAUGGAGAUAUACUCCAACACUACUAGAUUCGCCUUUGCCUGUAACCAAUCGCUGAAGAUCAUUGAGCCCUUACAAUCAAGAUGUGCCAUCUUAAGGUACAACAAGCUCUCGGACUCGCAAGUGUUGGAGAGACUCUUGGAAAUCGUUAAAGCCGAAGACGUGAAAUACAACUCAGAGGGUUUACAAGCAUUAAUUUUCACUGCCGAAGGUGAUAUGAGACAAGCCAUCAAUAACUUACAGAGUACCGUUGCCGGGUUUGGCUUCGUAAACGACAUCAAUGUGUUCAAGAUUGUAGACCAGCCACACCCGUUGGUGAUCAAGAAGAUACUAUCAUACUGCAUAGUGAACAAGGACAUAGAGCUGGCUAUUGAGUUGUUGGAUGGCUUAUGGAAGAAGGGGUAUUCCGCCAUAGACAUAGUGACGCUGUCGUUCAAGGUAGCGAAGAGUAUUCCGGGGAUAAACGAACAGAAGAGGUUGGAAGUUAUCAAGGAGAUUGGUUACGUGCAUAUGAGAGUUUUGGAAGGUGUAUCUACAUACUUACAAUUGUGUGGUAUGCUAGCAAAGUUGUGUAAGGUUUAG